AUGGCUAGUUCCAACAUUAGUAAUGAAUCAAUUAAUGUUGACAGUACUGAAGAUACUGAAGAACAAGACCAAAUGAUGCAUAAACACAUUCAAGACAUUCAAGGUCAUGAUCAAGGAAUGAAAGUUGAUAUGGUUAAUGAGGAUAUGGAGCAAUCAAUUUAA